GAGUGUAAUUUCAGAAUGGCGACUGUCUUGUUCGAAGGUAGUGUCUGUCCCGCUUAAAAGUUAUACAUUUUCGUGAUCUGAUUGCAAUUUUCUAUGUGCUUGAGGAUACAUACUGAAUAAAAAUGAUAAUAGAGAAUCCUGAUCUAUUUAAGGCAUGGCUAACGUCAGUUUUGGAGCCACUAUGUGAUGCCGAUCCUGCUGCUUUGGCAAAAUAUGUUUAUGCUCUCGUCAAAAAAGACAAGACUCUCGAUGAGCUACGAGUCGGCAUGGUUGAACAACUCGAUGUAUUUUUACAACAAGAAACCAAAAACUUUGUGGAACUAUUAUUUAAGACCUUGGAAACUCAAGAGUACGUACUACCACCAGCAAAAGUAGAGCCAGAUGGAACUGCAACGCCCCCAGGAGUCAAUCCACCGGCACCGGUGGAAUUUGAAAAGCCAAUUGAAGAGUCUGUCCCAGUGGUUCCUGCGAUCGCAAGUCCGCCGCCUGCCGUUCAAAUAAACGGAACCGCCCCUAUAGUGAUCAAACGUGAGAGUAGGAAGUCAGAUUCUGAGAAGGAGGAUAGAGAUAAGGAAAAGCGACCCAGAAGUCGGGGUCGUAUGCGAUCGAGAACACGGUCACGCUCCAGAUCCUGGGAUAGAGACAGGCGGCGGUCAAGGAGUAGAGAGCACAUUCGCCGUGACAGAGAACGCGACAGGAGCCGUCCUUGGAGGAAUAAGUCUCCACCUUUGAAUGCUAGGCGACAUGAAAGAAGUGAUUUUUGCAGGCGAAGUAGAAGUCGAAGCACGUCACCUUUGCGGCCACGAAUACGCGAAGGUCCUGAGCUUAGGGAUCACAGGGCGAGAUUUCGGAACAGAUCUCCUACUCCUUUGAGAUCGAGGUCGAGGUCUAGGUCAAGGUCGAGAUCUUUAGAGCGCAAAAAGCUGGAUCGGUUGGAGAGGACAGAUCUUGGAAGACUUGAACGCUUAGAUGGAAGUCCAGGAGGUGGAACACCUACUCAGGAUAGUAAUCAUGGUGACGUAGAUAUGAGAUUGUCUACGACUAGUCAGUCGAUUCAAAGUGUGGUCGCAGUCGCUGCGAAUAUUCCCAACAAUCAAGUUCCUUCUUUUCCUCUGAAACGACGAUGUCAAGAUUUCGAUGAAAAGGGAUAUUGCAUGAGUGGAGAUCUUUGCCCGUAUGAUCAUGGAACUGAUCCAGUGGUUUUGGAAGACGUAGCCCUGAGUCGGAUGUUGAAUUUUGGACACGGUGCACCAGUUCCGGGUGCAGUCCCAGUUACUGUACCGGAACCACCUCCAGGACCCAAUGGCACCGGGCCUCAUCCUCACCUUCCUCUGGCGAGUUUACCUGCCCCCCAUCUCAGAAAUCAACACCAUUCUAAUAUGGAGUACAAUCCUGACGCUCCGAGCAUGGAGCCUCGAAUGACCUGGGGCAGGCAUCCUCAGCCUGUAACUGGAAUGUACGGUCGAGGACAACGCGAGCUAAUAAGUGUUCCUGUGAUUCCACACGCGAAUCCCGGAGAAAUCAACCAUCCGCAAUCGAAUCCUCUAAAGCGCAAGCAAGCGUUUGACUUCAAUCGCCUUGGACCUAAACAGCGAGCAGUGCAUAAUCCCGCCAAUUGUUCCCUAGAACUGAAAAAGGUUCCCCGCAGUUUGAACAAUAUAACCCAACUGAACAAUCAUUUUUCCAAGUUCGGUAAAAUUGUAAAUAUUCAAGUGAAUUUCGGUGGCGAUCCAGAGGCAGCCUUAGUUACUUUCCAAGUUCCAGCAGAGGCUAAAGCCGCCUACCGGAGUACAGAGGCUGUGUUGAAUAAUAGAUUUAUUAAGGUAUUCUGGCAUAAUAACACCAGCACCAAUAACGCCACCAUUGAAAAUGUCCCACCAGUCGGUUGUCGGCCUUCUGUCAAAGAAAGGUUAGGAGCCUCUUUAGCCAUGCCAAUCAAAGCUGAGGAAAGCGAAUACGUUCCAACGCGUCUAUCGACGGAAGAAUCACCAGCUUCUCAGCCCUUAGUUCCUGCUUCAACGACAGCCCCCGUUUCACUCCCAACUCGAGAGGAUAAAGUUCUCGCGAUCAAGAAAACGCAAGAAAUUCUAGCAGCUAAGGAAACUUUGAAAAAGAAGCAGGAGGAGAAGCGCAAAGAAGCUCUCAAAAUGACGGCCAAUUUACGCAAGAGGAAACAGGAAUUGCUGGACAAACAACUAAUUGAGAUUCGCGCUCUAAUAGAGCGAGCUGAGAAAAAUCCGGAACAAAAGGAUGCAAUCAUGGCGACUAUCAAAACUAUGCAGCAGUCGAUCAACAAUCUGCGGAAUGAUUUGGCGGCAAAUGGACAGAGUGCACCUGCGAAAAUACAAAUAAAAUCUCGAGAGCAGACACAGAAGGAUAUUUUGGAUGCGGAAUUGGAUUUAAUUAAUGCACAGCAAGAGGGCCAAGAUGCGGUUGAGAUUCAAAAGAGAUUAAAUGAAUUGCGAGCCCAGGCGGCAGUGAUGGGAUUGACUACUGAAUCAGGAGUUGGCAGAGGCACGAGAGCAACGAGAGGAACGCGCGGAAAUCAUAGCGUAGCAUUUAGAGGUCGUGGGAGAGGUAGUUUCGCGCAUGUGUCGGUGGACCAUAGACCUACGAGUCUUCUAGUCUCGGGAUACGAAAGUGAGGAAAAGACAGAAGUAUUAGCCCAUUUUAAGCAAUUUGGGGAAGUAGUCAAUCAAAUAGUGGAUGAUGCGACACCAUCCAUAGUGAUAAAUUUCAAAUCGAGGAAGGAAGCGGAAGUUGCGUUGAUCAAAGGACGCACCUUCCAGGAUCGUUUGUUAUCGGUCACUUGGGUGUCGGGACAUCACUUACAUCGUGGAAGCAGUAACUCAGGAUCGACGACAAAUCUUUCAGCACGUUCUGAAUCAGUACAACAAACUCUUGACGAUGAAAUUGAUUUAGAGGGAGCAGCGGAGGAUCUUCUUUUAGAUGAGAACGAGGAGGAGGAGGACGAGGAUGGAGAAACGCGUAGCUGGCGGCGAUAGCAGGCUGAGCUCGUUGGGUGACAAAAGUUCGGUAUUACUUCCAAAAAACGGAAAGCACUCUGGACUCAUCGAUGUGCACUCGACUUUCUUGGUACUACAGCACCAGUGAUUAUUUCACCCGACCCAUCACUUUGGAAGCCAGAAUCACGUUGCGAACGCAUCAACGUUAUUAUGUGUGUUAUACUAUUUGUUAUACUUUAAAUAUACCAUGCGCAUCAAGAUGACAAAAAAGGCAAAACAAUAUACAAUACUGUGUCACAAUGCGCUUCAGCGAACCUGAACAAGUCUUGAUCUAUACAAGUUUUAAAAAAACGAGUAAACAAAAUUAUCCCAUUAUUUGUAGAAUAAAAUCACUAUGUUUUGUAUGGGAAAUCGACGUUGUUAUUUCGACUUCCUAAACCUAUUUUU